CACACCAAAUUCCUCCGCAAAGCAGAGCAGAGGAGAACAGAACAGAACAGAGCAGAGGAAACCCCCAAACCCCAGCGGCGGCCAUGUCUCCCCUCCUCCUCCUGCUCGUGGCCGUGGCCGCCGCGCCGACGCUCGCCUCCGCGGCGUCGCCUCUGCACGGCGUGGCGAACGACGUGCUGUCGGAGUACGGCCUCCCCAAGGGCCUGAUCCCGGACUCCGUCACCUCCUACACCUUCGACAACGCCACGGGCGACUUCCAGAUCCAGCUCGCGGGCACCUGCUACGUCUGGUUCGGCGACCACUACGUCUACUACGAGCAGACCAUCAGCGGCACCAUCUCCUACGGCGCCAUCUCCAACCUCUCCGGGAUCCAGGCCAAGAAGUUCUUCAUCUGGGUCUACGUCUCCGGCAUGGUCGCGCACCCGGAGAAAGGCACCAUCGAGUUCCGGGCUGGCCCCAUCUCCGAGGACGUGCCCAUGUCGCUCUUCGCGGCCGUGCCCGUCUGCGGCAACGGCAUCGGCGCCGGCUCGCAGCUCCGCGGCGCGGCCGGGGUGAUCCGGGACCUUGGCCUGCUUCCCGUUGCCGAGGUGUGAGUGACUUCAAAUAUGAACUGUUUUCAAGUCUGUUGCUGAAAAUUGGUAAAGAAAUUUGCACGUUUCCUAUUGAGAAUGAGAGGGGACAAAGGGAGAAACACGGUGCCGUGAUGAUGUAUUAAUGUGGAUGAAGUUCAAUAAAUAUAAUACAGUAAGAGUUUUGAAUAGA